UAUGCAAAUAUAAACCACCAGUGUCUUGGCUAUAAACAAUAGCGGCGUGAAGAACGUGCUCGCUCAAAGCCUCUUAUGGACUUAAUCUUUCUCUUUACUUGACAACUCUACGCAAAAUACACAGUUCUCUACGACAAAAUUUCGAAAUUCAUCGAUUUUUAGCGGAGGACACUUUUUUGGUGAAAUACUCAGAGAUGGAUGAUGAACGGCUUCAGCUUGCUAAACGCCAUUCUUUUCCGUAUAUGAAAGUGUGCACAUGGAAUAUUUUGAAAUCGGGAUCGGCGAAUGAAGUAGAGAUAGAAAUCCCCAAAGCGGAUUCUGUCCCUGUUAUUGAUUCCGAAGGGACAAGCGAGGAAAGAGAGGCCCGUCUAGAAGCAGCAAUUUUGUGGAUACGAAAGGAAUUGGCUGAUAUGCGGCAUCAGGACAAGUAUCUCACAAGGCAGUUCAUUCAUCUGAGAGCUACAAUCCAACGUAUCAAGAGCGAGAGUUUGCUCGAUGGGCUGGAAGGAAACACUGACAAGCUAAAGGAGACCUCUUUCCGACAUUCGAUACCUGGACCUACAAUCCGACCGAUGUUCGGUAGAAGCAUAUCUUAUAUGUAGUCACAGACCAUCGUUGUUCCUGUGUCACGCGCAAUGAAGAGUUGCGUUACAAUUCUUGAUGUGACAAAAAAAAGUUAGAAUAAUAUAUCAUGCUAUAAUUUAAGAGCUUCCUUGCCGUCGAAAUUUCAUCGUUUGUGUUUAACAAGUACGUUUAAAGAGAGUAACGCUUGAUCGGGGCUGUAAAAAUAGGUACCUAAAAUAAAACAUUGAUGGAAAGGGA